AGUGAUGGAAAGGUCAGGUCACAUGGGGCGGUGCCUGCCGCGUCACAUGACCCGGUUCAAGAUGGCGGCGCACCUCAGUUACGGGAGAGUGGUUCUUAACAACUUGCGAGAGGCGGCCCGCAAGGAGCUGCGCGAAUUUCUGGAUAAAUGUGAAGGCAGCAAGGCAAUAGUUUGGGAUGAGUAUCUUACUGGACCAUUUGGAUUGAUUGCUCAAUAUUCCCUAUUAAAGGAACAUGAAGUUGAUAAAAUGUUUACCCUGAAGGAAGGGCGUAUACCUCCAGCUGAAGUCAAAAACAUAAUUUUCUUUGUGAGGCCUAGACUGGAAUUAAUGGACAUUAUUGCUGAUAAUAUUCGUUGUGAACACAAACAUCAUGGUCCUCACAGAGAUUUCCAUAUUCUGUUCCUGCCACGUCGAAGUCUCCUUUGUGAACAGCGACUAAAAGAACAAGGAUUAUUGGUCCACUUCACCCAUAUAGAGGAGUACAGCCUGGAUUUGAUUCCAUUUGAUAGUGAUCUAAUGUCCAUGGAAGCUGAAAGUGCAUUUAGGGAGUGUUAUCUAGAAAAUGACCAGACCGUCUUAUUCAAUGUUGCCAAAGGACUGAUGACUCUGCAAGCUUUGUAUGGAACCAUUCCACAGAUAUUUGGGAAGGGUGAAUGUGCACGGCUUGUGGCAAAUAUGAUACUAAGAAUGAAGAGAGAAUUUGCUGGGACGCAGAACCAGAUUUUACCUGUGUUCGAUAAACUCCUGUUACUUGACCGAAAUGUUGACUUGUUAACGCCCCUGGCAACGCAACUGACCUAUGAAGGACUUAUUGAUGAAAUAUAUGAAAUUCAAAAUACGCAUGUAAAGCUGCCUCCUGAGAAAUUUGCACCUAAAAAGCAAACUGAAAGUGGCCGAGAUCUUUCCAAUGAACCUAAGAAGCUACAGUUAAACUCUGCUGAAGAACUCUAUGCAGAAAUCAGGGAUAAAAAUUUCAAUGCAGUUGGUUCAGUCCUCAGUAAAAAAGCCAAGUUCAUAUCUGCUGCAUUUGAGGAAAGACAUAAUGCAAAAACUGUGGGUGAAAUCAAACAGUUUGUGUCCCAGCUUCCACACAUGCAAGCAGCAAGAACCUCGCUAGCUAAUCAUACAUCUAUUGCUGAACUCAUCAAAGACAUUACAGCAUCAGAAACAUUCUUUGACAAGCUGACUGUGGAACAAGAAUUUAUGUCUGGGAUUGAUACUGACAAGGUUAACAGCUACAUUGAAGAUUCCAUUGCUCAAAAAGAACCUCUGAUAAAUAUUCUGCGACUUGUUUGUAUGCAGUCAGUAUGUAAUAAUGGCCUGAAACAGAAAGUCCUAGACUAUUACAAGAGAGAGAUUUUACAGACAUAUGGUUAUGAGCACAUUUUAACCCUAAAUAACCUAGAAAAGGCUGGGUUACUGAAACCUCAGACUAGCACCAGGAAUAAUUAUCCAACUAUAAGAAAAACACUGCGUCUUUGGAUGGAUGACGUCAAUGAACAGAAUCCCAAUGAUAUCUCUUACGUGUACAGUGGUUAUGCCCCUCUGAGUGUGCGGUUAACACAGUUGCUGGCUCGUCCUGGGUGGAGGAGCAUUGAAGAAGUCUUAAAGAUGUUGCCAGGACCUCAUUUUGAAGAAAGGCAGCAACUGCCUUCUGGAUUGCACAAAAAACGUCAACAGGGAGAGAACAGAGUUACUCUAGUGUUCUUUCUUGGAGGUGUGACAUAUGCUGAAAUUGCAGCGCUUAGAUUCUUAUCUCAGAUGGAAGAAGGAGGUACAGAAUACAUUAUUGCGACCACAAAACUGAUAAAUGGAAAAAGCUGGAUUAAAUCUAUGAUGGAUAAGUUAGAGCCAUCUCUGUUCUGAAAAGACAAUGUGAUUGACAGUAUUCAUCGGAUGAGGUUUUUUUGUUUAUGGAUCCCAGGUGUGUUUGGAAAAUGUGAGACUGGUGUAAUGUGUUUCAGCUGAGAAACUGAAUUGAGCACAGCAUGGGACACCAGACAAAAUUGUAAUGUGGUCUUGGUUGAUAUUCAGCUGCACUGGCUGUUCUGAGCCGUGUUUUCCGUCCUUUGGUGGAGUAGCACAUGAAACCAGAACACUUGGGAAUUCAUUGUGCUUCAGGAAUCACAUGUCAACAGCCUGAAACAAGUUUCUAUGUUGGCAGAAUUUGAUCAUUUGUGCCACUGGAUUUAAUUUGCAUACAGACAUUGCACAAAUCUAAGCACUUUGGUGCCCUUGAAAUCUGAAGCGGUUUCUUACACGCCAGAAUAUGUAAUGCAUGUUUAUGGUACAUGCAAGGUAAAUUUAAAUAAUGUACCCUGUGUUAAGUCAAGUGCUUGCUGCAACAAUGUAGGAACUUAGAGCGAGGGAGGAAGUGUCAACAAAUGUGCAUUUAUUUGAGCUUGCUUACUAAAUGUUAUGCUUUGAAGCUUUGUUCAUACUGGUAGAGUCCAUAAUUGAAAUUUCAUUAAUCUCCUGUUCUGAUCUCUGUUGUCACAUCUAAAAGAAUCUUAAAGCUUUGUCAUCCCGUGAGGGUAAAAUUAAAUCUCAAAACUCUGACCUUUUCAAUUUUAUUUGUUACGUACUGUUCUGUUUAUUGCAUGGUUUGCAUAGUUUCAGAAAAUAUUGUAUCGUAUCUAUAUUCCAUAUUCUGUAUAUGUGAAAUGAUUUGUUAAAAAUGUAGCAUUUUUAUUUGAAUAGAAUGAUUGGGCUUUAUACUUUUUAAUUGCUGUAAAUCAGUUUAGAACAUUUCAUCUAUACUACAGAAAAGAAGAAUUGUUUAGGAAGUUUAAGUCACAUGUGAAAUGUUCCUUUAUUCAGAAAACAAUUAGCAAAAUGCAUGCAGUGAUUUCUCCCAUUCAAAUACUGUUUUUCUCAGUAAGGAGGAAUGAACAGUAAUGAUUUGAGUAAUAUGAGUGAAGUAACUUGUAUUAUGGGGUGGUACAUAUUAUGAACCAGACAAAAUUCCCUCAAAAUAUAUCGAAAAGACAGCCCAGACCAUAACUAUUUUUUCUUAUUUUGAAGGUAAAUGUAAAGCACCGUGUUCUAGAUGCAAUUUGAUUGGUCAUCUACUUGACUUUAAGCAAAACACACUUUUUACACUACAGUUAAAAUAAACAAAAUAAAAGUAAAAGAUGGGCUUAUAUGUAAGUUUGCUGAAAUACUUGACAAAAGAAUAUAUUAACUACUACUAAUUAACUGUUCCACUAUGGUAACAUCCUAUAAACACACCCUUGGCAAAGGCAAAUUCAGUAAAAUAGAUUGUAUCACAUGCAUUUCUAACAUUAGGAAAAGAACCCCAGCUUUUAGAUGUAAAGGAGAGAGGAAUAAGAGCUUCCACGUCCAGCUUCAAGACCCCAGCAACUGCUGCUAAAAACUAAAACUAAAACUCUUGGUUCUGCGGGAGCUUGACUUCAUCCAUUCAGGCUGCUUCUAUUGUUCCAACUUUAAAAAAACACAAGCCUCACAAGCUGUUUACUUUAUUGGCUUUGAGCAUACCGCUUGUCACUUCUUCUGUCUCAACCUUUAUUUUUUUUAAAAAAUGGACAAAAUGCCCUUUUUAAGGUCAUAGUAUCAUCAAAUGGAAGAUUGAGCUUUACCAAACAAUCGCUAUCUCAUUCCUUUAUUGUGCUGCUUGAGAAUAGGCUGGUUAUCUGGUUACUAUCAUAAUAUUCUAAGUUCAAAAAAAUUUCAUAGAAACUGGCCAUUUGGCCAAUCAAGUGUAUGGCAGCAUUUUUCUCCACUUAAUUUGCCGAGGCAAUUUAUUGCCAAUGCCCAGUUGCCUGGAAGGGAUUAGAAAUCAACCGCAAUAAUUCAGUCAGUUACAAAUGGUAGGAUCCUUCACUUGGAGAAAUGUUACUGAAUCUAACUAUUUUCAUGUUCAUUUUCUGGUGCCAGUCUGUAAAUUUAAAACCAAAUUAAUCCAAUUGCACCAUCUUGAACAUUCAAUUCCGUCCACACCAGUGCACAAUUGCAGUUAGUUGUACCAUCUAGCUUUGCAGUACAGCAACCUGCUAAGGCUCCAAGAAAAGCGCCUUCCAAACCUGUGAUUUCAGACACCUAGAAGGAUGAGGAUAGGAGAUGCAUUGGAACAUCAUCCUGAUUUGGAAAUAUAUUGUCAUUCCUUCACAGUCACAUGGUUAGAAUCCCGGAAUUUCCUUCCUCACAGGACUGUGGAAGUAUCCACACCAUAUGGAUUAUAGUGAUUCAAGAAAAUAACAUCCUUUUCUGAAGGGGAUUUAGGAAUGAGCAAUAAAUUGCUGGCACUACCAGCAAUGCUUGCAUCCCAAGAAUUAAAUUUAAAAAUGUUUUUGAAAAACCUUUUAUACCUCAAUUUGUAUAUUUACCUGCUAGUCUAACCUACUAGUCCACUGGGUCUAGUCCAAUCCAACAACAGUUAAUUUAUCUUGUAUUAUUUCUUCAAGGAAUUGUGCAUGAUUUAAUGCAGGCUAGUCAAAUGAUAUACUGAAGAGUUUGGCUAAGUAUAACUUGCUUUUAGAAAUUUAUGCUGACUGCCUUGAUUAACUUUUCUUUUUCCAAAUGCAUGUAUGCACAUUUAGUUGUUUAGCAGUAAUUGAAUUAAACAUAGCUGGCCUUUAUUUAUACAUUUAGGGGUUUUUCUGAAUACAGCUGGGUCUUACAACUAGUAGACUGAUGAUCACACAAUAAAAGUAAAAACUAGUUCACUCUAUUUUCCAUUUAUAUUAUUUUAGAAGAAUUUAAAUCUGAACCACUUAUUUUCUCAUUAAUCUAUAAACAAUUGGUUCCUGGUAAUGUGUCUCCUUUAAGUAAGUUUUUUUUUGUACUGUUUCCCUUUGAGUAAUGGUUAAUAGUUCCAAAAUACACUACCUCUGUGAAAACUGAAAAGCACUUAUUUAGUGUCUCUUAUUCAUUGAAGUUUGCUUCUGUCACUUAUUCAGAGACCAUUCCUAAUUAUUUUUUUGCUUUGAGCCUUUUUUUCAGCAAUGCAAAAUUUAAAUGUGUUUAUGGCAUACUUCUUCUCAUGACAAAUUUCCGUUUAAAUUGAUAAUAAAAAUAAUUAUAACUUGCCUUGAAAGGGAUAAGAUGGGUGACAGUGAGGUAGAGUUGGGUAUCAACCUACAUGUAGAACUUGUGUUUUUGAAUGUUAUCUGUGAGGGGUAGUUGAGAAAUAGAGGGAAAUUGAAGUGGUAUUAGUGCAGGAGGGGAGGAAGAAGCCAUACCUAGUGAUUCUCUGUUUGAGUGCAGAGAUAGGAAUGGAAUUGAAACCAAAUGCUGGAAAUACUCUGGUUAGACAGCAUCUAUGGAGAAAAAAGGCAAUGAUCUUUCAUCAGAACUGGGAAAAGUUAGAGAUGUAAUGGGUUUUGAGCAAGGAGCAAGUAGGACACAGAUGAAGGAAGUCCUGGGAUAACAAUGAAUGACAAGAGUUAUCCUUCCUGGGCCAAAAGGAAUGGAGCAAAACAACAAACUGAAAGAUAUAAAAGAAAAGAAAAUUAAAAAGAAACAAAAUCGGAAUGAAAGGAAUACAACAAUAGAGCAGAGGAGUUCACAGUCUAAAGUUGUUGAACUCAAUAGUGAGUUUAGAGGUGCUGUUACUCAGGCUUAUUUUGGGCUUCACUGGAAAAUGCAGCAGGCCAAGGACUGAGAUCUACAAGAGACCAGGAUGGAGAAUUAAAAUGGCAGGUUACACUUGUGAACUAAACAGAAGAGUUCUGUAACGAGGUCAUCCAAUGUGCUUUUGAACUCCCCAGUAUAGAAGAGACCAUGUUGUGAGAAUUGGAUACAGUAUACUAAAUUGAAAGAAAUACAUUUAAAGCUACUUCACCUGGAAGAUGUGUUGGGGUUAAAACUAAAUAGAAAGGAAGCAAAAAUACGUGGUGAUACAUCUCCUGCGUUUGCAUGGGAAGAUGAUUAGUUUCUGGAGAAGAUUGACGAAGGUUGCCUUGUUGGAGCAGAGCAGAAGGCGUACAUUCACUUAACCUACUUACAUCCAUUUGCAAAUACUAUGUCGUCUUCACCAAUUGCUUUCCAACCUAUCUUUGUUUCAUCCUUGUAUCCAGUCAUUAAUAAAAAUUGUAAAUAGCUGAGGCCUCAACGUUCAUCCUCGUGGCACACCACUCGUCAUGCCCUGCCAGCCUAAAAAUGACCUUUUGGCACAUCUGCUUCCAAUUAACCAAGCAAUCCUCUCUCUAUGCUGAUAUGUUGCCACUUUCAUCUGUUAGUUUUACUUUGUUGUAAUUUUUGUGGCAUUUUGUCAAAUGCUUUCUGAAAAUCUCAGUACAGUACAGUGCUUGUUGCUUCCUUCAAGAACGCCAAUAAUUUGGUCAAACAUUAUUUCUCUUGCACAAAAUCAUUUUGUCUUUACCUGAUUUCUACUGAGAUUUUCUAAGUGCCUUGCUAUAACCUUAAUAAAUUCACACAUUUUCCUUAUGUUACGCUAAUCGGUCUGUAGUUUCUUCUCUUGAACUUUCCAGAACUUAGGGAAUUUUGGAAAAUUAAAACCAAUGCAUCUAAUAUGUCAGCAGUUACCUUUUUUAAUACCCUAGGACAAAGUGCAUCAGUUGGUUGCUUUUGACCGGCAGUCUUGAUGGGCCAAAGAGAUUUACAACAUAGAGGAAGACUUUUAUGAUCUGUGGCUUUGUCACAUUUUUAGUUCUAAUGCUUCCCUCAGUACCCUUUCUCUGGUUGUUGAAAAUUUAAUUGAAAUAAUUUAUUUUCCACAUCAGUGUUCCUAAAAUAUCUUUUUCUACCAGCUGAGGAUCCACCCCGCCCCACCUUAGUUGACAUUGUCUGUUUCCCUGCCUGCAUUUCUGCUCCUGUCUCUUUUCUCCCCCAGUAGUCUUCACCUGCCACCAAGCCACCCCCGAUUUCCACUAGCUCCAUCAUAAUGCCAGUACCAAACACAUCUCCUAGUCCCUAUCCUGCCUGAAGGGAUAUCUGUGACACCCUGAGCAACUCCCCAAUCUCUGCCAACACUCUUUCUGUUGUGGUGCCUGCCCUUUUAACCUUCUCUCCCUUUUAUGGUCCAGACUGAAAGAAAUGUAUUUUUCUACAUUCAUCCCAUUGAGCAUGGGAAAGCUUUAGAAAAGGGGCUGGUGUAGAGAAUGAACAAAAAUAACCAAGGAAUAUGUGAAACGUGGGCUUGAUUUGGAUCAUUUCACCGGUUCAGUGAUUAUUCCUGUGGCUUUCCCUAAGCUGGACAUUUCUGUAAGAGGCGGUGUCCCACCGUCUUGAAGGAGACUUUUUCAGGCUAUAUAAUGCAGCACAAACUUGUUGUUUAGGAAAAACAAGAGAGCAGUAAACCUCGAGUGGACUUUGUAUCCAGAGGAGCAAUUACCGCUAAUAGCUUUCUUGAUCAGCUCGUUAAUGGCCUGUUUCCGUCUGGAGACAGCAGUGGAGCAGGUAAUGAUUUGAUAGCGGGAAAUCUUGAUUGGAUUAAAAGCCCAUUUGCUCCUGCUUGGCAAGGGAUAAUGUGCCUGUUGCUGGAGCAGUUUAAGGCCGGAUUGAUGGAGUAGCCUCACCCUGUGAUCACUUGUUUUUCAGGGUUUGUUCUGCGUGUGGUUCUUUACAAACUCGUCAUCGAUAAGGAAGGAUUCACUUCACUUGUUCCAUGAACAGAAAAAACAGGCCCUCCCGAUUAAAACUCUGUUAACCGCGCCUCGUUUUCAACAAUUAACCCCGACUUCCCUCAAGCUCCAAGCUCUGCCAUGGCCGGGAGGGUAGCCGCGGUGGAGCCGUUCGCUGUCCAUUAUCUGCGAGUGCUGAAAGAACUCCUGGCCUUCGUUCUCUUCAGUUACACGGUCUUAUUGGGAGCUUUGGUUAUAGCUGGCUGGACAACUUACUUCCUGAUAGUGAAGUGACCUGCUUCUGAUCUCUACCCCAGAGCAAUGCUUCGAAUAAGAUAUAUGCAACAGUUUUAAACAAUGAGAAACUCCGCUUAAAUGCUCAAAAAAUAGACGAUUUUUGCACUACCCCGUAAAUCAUAUGAGAAGGUAAUAUAAUCAGGUAGAAGUAAUAUCCUUAUGUAAUCCUGCUGUUUGUUAUAUUGAAAUUGAUCUUCAUUAUGUUGUAUGUAGACGCGAUAUUUGCAGGAACUAUACCAAACUAAAUAAAAAGGAGAAAAUCAAACAGACAGGCGGCAAUUUAAUGUGUCUUUGGGACAAAGAAUGAUGUCUGGUUGUACCUAUUCACAUAUUUUAUAACAUAAACCUCUGGUUUAAGUGUUCGAACCGGCACACUAUUUACUCUGGUGUGUGAGCUUUGUUAAUGACAGAACUAGCCAAAAGAAGUAAAAACGGUCGAGUGAAAUGUAUAAAACGAGGUCAAACGCAAGGAGUUUGUGUAAAGAAAAGUAUAAAAUGGCAAAUCCAGAAAAAGAUUAAUGCAAAAUUAAGUCAGCAGGAAGCUGACAAUUUUGAAUAAAUUCAAGUUUACGUUAAAAA